AUGUCUUCCGCACCUCCGCGCAUCGAAGACACCGGGCAUCCCAAUAAACGCCAAAGAGUCGAUGAGGACAUUCCGCUAGAGAAUAAGGACGCCGUACGGAUAACGAUUCUAACGGGUGAGAACAAGGCCCUAGCGGACGAGGUCACUCGAUUGAAGCAGGCUUUGGAGGAAGCUCAGAACGCUACUUCGGCGGCAAACGAAGCGAAAGAUGCCGUAAAAGCCGAGAAUGAUGGGCUCCGCGAGGCACAGAAACAGGCAAGAGAAGAAAUGGAUCGAGAGAAGACGACAAGAGAAGAUAUAACAAGAGAAGCUCGAGCAAGAGAGGACCGGGCAAGACAAGAGAUGAGAGAAGAGAUGGAGUCACUACGAGUGGCUCUCACUGAAGCGACAAAUGACGAAUCUCGGCAAAAGAGUGUUCUCAAGUUGGUCGAGAAACACAACUAUGAGAUUAGAAUACCUGCUACAAGUCAUGCCCAAGUCAUGGAAAGUUUUAAACCGCUUGUCGCUUCGGGGGAAGAAGAGAAAAUCAACAAUCUACUGGAUUUCAUCUUCUUUGGGGAAACGGGCACAUGGUACUGCUUCCAGGAAACCUGUGAGCAAGGAACAAAAGACCUUACCUGGCUGAAUUCCUAUGACGUUCAGAAAGAAUGCCCAACUCACGAUCCCAAACCACUCCCCAUUAUCAAAUGA